GUCAAAAACAUACUUGCAAUUGGAAUCAUAAACAUGGAUGACUUUACAUUGUAUAUAGACAAACAAACCUUAACAAUCAUUUACUUAAUUGAUGAAUGCUUUAACAGAAUUUACAAUUUUUUGCUUGUUUGCCUUUUCUAGCACGUUCACACAUAUGGACUGUGAGUGUCCAUGCCAUUAAGAAGUACAUGAUCAACAAAGUUCUGUGACAACCAUUAUGGGAAAAGAAAUCCCAAAGUGCAACCCACAUGCAUGCUACAAUGUUCUGACACCAGACCGGAUUCCUGAAUUUUGUAUCCCCCCAAGACAUCAAGCCCAGAAAGAUCUGAGAAUAAGACCACAUCAUAUUUCCAUACCUGAUCUCUGUAGAUCACCUUUUGAAACAAGAGGAACUCUCCACACUCAAAAACACAUUAUCCAAGUGGACAGCGUUGAGGAGCCCCUAGAGGAGGAAAGUACCAAUGCUGACCCCCAGUCACAAGCAGCUUUGUCUCUUCCUCAUGUUUCAAAAGCCCACACUCCAUAUGGAUUCUGUACCCUGCUGGAAAGCCCAAACACAAAAAGAAAAGAAUCCCUGUUCCAUUCUGAUCCUGACACACUCUCUCUCCUGUUGCCUAGAUCCCGCUCUAAUACCAUUACAUGCAGAAGUUCUUCUUCCUCGAACGGUUUUGCCACUCUUAAGUUGUGGCCUCUAAGACGGUCUGGCACCUUGGACAGUGACACAGCCUCUUCUGCUGACUCUUCACCUUUUGGCUCUCCAAUGCUCCACAGGUCUCUCCCAACAUCCCUCUUGAAAUCUUUAAACCAAGACAAUAUGCUCUCCAGGGCUUUGAAAGCUAAUUGCAAGAUUUCUGCUGUAAGGAAUAACUCCGUCUCCACUGACGAAGACAGCUCCACAGACAGUAGUCCAUGUGUCACCAGGAGAGGUUCUGAUGAGUGGACACCACCCUCAUCUACACGAUCUCACAUUGGUGUCCUUUUGGUUCCAGGCCAGUUCUCCUUGGAUAACACUGUAACACUGGACACAGGAGGAAUAUUACGUCUUUCUACUGAAUAUCGCCCUGAAAAUUUGAGACUCCGCAUCCGACUAGUCAGUGCUGAAGGACUUUAUAAAGAGUCCAUUGACCCCAGAAACAUCAGCUGCUACAUCUCAAUCUCCCUUAUUCCAGGGAAGAAUCAGAAGCAAAGAAGCACCCUUAUCCGUGGAAGCCGGAACCCAAUUUUUAAUGAGGAUUUUUAUUUUGAAGGGAUGGAGCCUGAAGAUCUUCUUCAGAAAACCCUGAAAAUCAAGGCCAUAAAUAAAGGAACAUAUGUGAGAAGAGAAAGUGUUUUGGGCAGGUGCAAACUCCACCUUCUUAGUGUUAUACAUAUGUAGGGCACUAUGUAUAUGUUUGCACUAAAACCCAAUUAAAAUCUAUA